GGAGUGUUAUGCCUAGUGAAAGGAUGACUUCAACUGCCAUCAUGGAUAACGUACAUUUGAAUGCAACAUAUGGUAACUCAGUGGAAUUCAUCGAUACGAAGGAUGAGAAUGAGGAAGCCAUCAGACAGAAUCAUUUCCGAAGUAUUGAUAAAGAAAUUACUGAGGUUAUACCUGAAGAGAGUGCUAUCUAUAUAAAGACUGAAGAUUCAGGUAAUGUAAAAAGUGAGAGACCAGUGUUCAAAGAAGUCAAGAGUCUUAGCAAAGAAGCAGUUGAUGAAUGUGACAUGGACAUUUUGAUGUGUGAAGAUGUAGACCCAUUGUUAUCUAAGGAUUGUGAGAGUAAGUGCUCAUCAGAUGGUGUUCAGGAAAGGGGUGAAGAGGCAACACAAGAAGUGGAAGCAAUCGAGAAACAUUUCCUUUGUGAAGUGUGUGGCAUGAAAUUCUCUUGUGAGAAUGAGUUGUUGGAACACUCUGUAGUGCAUACAAAAGGGAAGCUUUUUAUAUGUGACAUUUGUCAUAAGUCAUUCUCUCAAAAAUCUCAUAUAGUGUGCCACAUGAGAGUACAUACAAAGGAAAAGCCUUACAUUUGUGAGAUAUGUAACAAGGCCUAUUCUGUAAAAUCAACACUAGAUGGUCACAUGAGAGUACAUGCAAAUGAGAAGCCUUAUAACUGUAAAGUAUGUAGUUAUUCCUUUGCUUGGCAAAGUGAUCUAUCAAGACACAUGAGAAUUCAUACAAAAGAGAGGCCAUAUAGUUGCGAGGUUUGCAAUAGGGUAUUCGCUGAUAGCAGUAAUCUCUCAAGACACAUGAAAACGCACAGAAAUGAGAGGCCUUAUGGUUGUGAUUUUUGCAACAAGGCUUUUUCUCAGAAAUGUAAUUUGUUGGCUCACAUAAGGACACAUACAAAGGAGAAGCCCUAUAUCUGCGGAGAAUGCGGAAAGGCAUUUUCACAGAAAAAAGGUUUAGAAGAGCACAUAAGAACACACACAAAAGAGAAGCCUUACAGCUGUGAAAUAUGUGGAAAAUCAUUUGCUGUGAGAUCUAGUAUGAUAAAGCACCAAAGAUUACAUACUAAUGAGAGACCCUAUGGUUGUGAGAUCUGUGCCAAAAAAUUUGCUGCAAAAGCAUGCCUGGUAAGACACAUGAGAAUACAUACAAAGGAGAGGCCAUAUCAGUGUGACAUAUGCAGCAAGUCUUUCAUUACGAGUGCAAAUCUAGCAUACCACAUGAGAGCACAUACAGAGGAUAGGCCAUAUACCUGUGAAGUAUGUAAUAAGUCAUUUCCAUAUAAAAGGGCUGUAGUGUUGCACAUGAAAGUACAUUCUGAUGACAAGCCUUAUACUUGCCGUACAUGUAGCAAGUCUUUCAAGGACAGGACUACUCUAGUAAAUCACUUGAAGAGACAUACAAAUGAGAGGCCUCAUAGUUGUGACUUUUGUAGUAAAACAUUCCUGUUUAAAAAUUCUCUAAUGCAGCACAUAAAAAUACACACAAAUGAAAAACAUUAUAGCUGUCAAGUGUGUAGUAAAUCAUUUAUUUCAAAAGGUAGUUUGGUGAGGCAUCUUAGAGUGCAUUCAAAGGUGAGGCCCUAUAGUUGUGAGAUUUGUAACAGGUCAUUUUCAGAUAAAAGUAAUGUGUCAAAACACAUGAGAACACACACCAAGGAGAAGCCUUUUACUUGUAAAGUGUGCAAUAAGUCAUAUGCUUGGAAAAAUGUUUUAAUGUUACAUAUGAAAACACAUAGUAAUGAAAGGCCGUAUGCCUGUAAUAUCUGUGGCAAGGCAUAUAAAUAUAAAAGUAAUGUAGUAACUCACACAAAAACACAUACCCAGGGAACCCAGGAUAAAAAGAAUAUCCAGUGUAAUCAAGAUAAAAAGGAUACCCAAGGUACCCAGGAUAAAAAGGAAAUCCAGGAUGCCCAGAAAAAUCCAAAUCUCUAUCUAAUAAUGCUUCCUCCUAUACAUCUCCUAUAUACACCCUUAUCUUUACCCAAUAAUCCCCUGGAGCCAAGUCACCUGGCUGCUAAAAAUGUAUGCUUAUAAAAAGUUAUCAAUCACACCUAAAAUAGUCUGUACAGAAAAGAACUUACAUGUACAUGAAUGUAAAGAAAGAUUGAUAGGAAUAUACACACACACAUGCACACACACACACACACACACACACACACACACACACACACACACACACACACACACACACACACACACACACAC